AUGCCUUCCACAGUAUUUUUCAUCAUAUUUUCCUUUAUAGCUAUUCGCGUCCUCGGUCUCUCUCCAAGCCUACAUGAGGUCUUCAGGUUCCCCAACGGUACAUGGGUUGAAAACAUAGCUGUACAGCCUAACGGAAAUAUUCUCGUCUCACUCGUGAAUACGCCAGAACUCUGGCAGGUCACACCUUCGAUCCAACCAGGUCCCUAUCCAGCCCAAUUAAUUCACCACUUCGACGGAGCAAGCUCCGUUAAUGGGAUCACCGAGCUUUCACUCGAUAAAUAUGCAGUGAUUGCAUCUAAUUCUGUGUGGAAAGUCGAUCUAAGUGCUCAGAGCUCGAAGCCAAUUCAAAUCGCCACACUCCCCAAUGGAACCCUGAAUGGCAUGGCGACAUUAAAUGAAAGAUCAGUUGUCAUUUCGGAUUCUCAACUGGGUCUUGUUUGGCGUCUCGAUACAGAAACAGGCGACUAUACCAUGAUACAUCAGGAUGGGACGAUGGCACCGAAUGAUGAUCUGGGUUUGAUGCUUGGGAUCAAUGGAUUGAGAAUAAAAAAUGGCUACAUGCACUACAACAAUAGCCCUCGGCGAAUAUUCUGCCGCGUUUCUAUUGAUGCUCAUACUGGUGAAGCAUUGGGACUUUAUGAGAUCGUCGCGCAUGAUGUUCUCGCUGAUGACUUUGCUAUUGGUUCAAACGGCGUGGCAUACUUGGCUGGGCUCACGGAUAAUGUGGUUACUAAAGUCUUUCCGAAUGGAUCACACACGGUUAUUGCGGGCUCUAAAGAUUCGAGGGAUUUGAUGACUGCCACGUCGGCGGCAUUUGGUCAAGCAUUCAAUGGCCACGACAUUCUUUAUAUCACUACAGGAGGGGAGUCAGAGCAUCCUGUGAAAAAUAAAAAUACUAGAGGCGGAAAGGUUAUGGCGCUGAUGAUUGAUUGA